AUUUAACAAAUCAAGUGGAGACGAUGGGACUGAAGCUGCAGAAAGUCACAGCCGAGAUGGACCACUACAAGAAGCUGCUAACGGUGAAAUCAGCGGAACUUGAUGUCUGUCAAAAUGAACUGAAAAAAAUGAAAUAUGAAAAUGGAAUCUCUGAGUCAAGGCUUACGAAAGAGCUGAAGGAAAAGGAGGAAUCUCUUCUCAUUUGCCAGCAAGUGUGCAAACAUUUACAGGAAGAAGUGGCUGAGAGAGAAAGGAAAGAAGAAGAUCUCAAAAGAAGAACGGGCCGAUCGGAAAGUGAGCUGGAAGCACUGAAAGCUCUUCUUGGGCAAACAGAGGAGGAGGUGGCGAUGCUGAAACAAGAGAGGGAGUUAAUGCUGAUUUCUCAUCAGAACAGAACAGAGCAGCUGCAGGAAACGUUAAGACAGAAGAUGCGGAUAGAAGAUAACUGGAGGGAGAAGAUGGAAAUAGAUCUGGCGAAAGGCGAAGCACGACACAAAGAAGCAAUACUUAAAGUCAAGGAAGAAGCGAGAGUGGAACUAGACAUCGAGAGACAAAAGCAGCAGGAACUGAUCACAAAAUACCAGCGAGACCACGAAGAGCUCCAGAACAAGAUACCAGGGUUAAUAUCCAGCGCCACCAGUAGCCUCAGGAUGGAGACAGAAAUUCUUGAAAAGAAGCUACAGGAUGCCCAGAACAAACUUGCAGAGAAAGAUGAAGACAAGGAAAAAGAAAUUCAGAGCCUGAAGAGACUGAUAACCGAACUUGAGUUUCAGCUGACGAUGGAAAAGAACAACAAUGAAUCCCUUCUGGAUAAUAUGAGGAAAGAAAUCAAACACAAGUCAGAUGAACUGGAAAAAUUAACCCAGGAGAGGACACAGCUGAUUCACGACUUGAGUCAAGUUCAAGAGGAGAACACCCUUCUCCAGGAAACGGUGCGCAGAGAGUGCGCGGAACGCUAUGAGCUGACUGCAGCUUUGACUCAAGCCAGGGAACAAGUCCUGGAACUCAAAAAGCUCAGUGGAAACUUCCCGGUAUCGCCGUGUUCCCUGGCUCAGGGCAGCCUAACCUCCUCCGCCGCCCUGCUCGCCGAGUACGGGCAGAAGAGCCGCACGAGCCCCGCCGCUGGGAAGGAAAUCCAUCUCUCCGGACAGUUUGGUAUUUCACGAGCCGCCAAGGCACCCGCCGCCG